AUGAAACCAACAAUCUACACGUUUUCAUUAGAAUGUGACUUUCAUUUAAAGAUUCCUCAAAAGUCGCCAUCUGAAGCCGUUAACUCUCUUCCUCAAAACAUCACUUCCGCAUAUCAGGCUGAAGCACCGCCUCAUGUUCGUGCAAUUCCAGGCCCUGCUGGCAUUGUUCAGUCUGCUAAGCUCCGUAAAACUCGAGAUAUGGAAAAUAUAUUAGGCCAGGAGGAGCAUCCAAUGGCCACACAGGAGUAUAUAAGAAGAGUGGUUGAAAAUCCAGAGGAGGAUGACGAUUUUCAGGGUAGCCCAUGGCUUUCCGCAAUCGAAUUUGUCUACUCUGAUGGUAUGUUCAAUUCUGUCCCGAAUGCACCUUUGGGCGAUAUAAACAAGUAUCUGAAAAACGGAAAACUUCAUCAGGUUGUUGCUGUUAUCAAGUCUUGUACUUCAAAUGAGCUAGGUGAUCUGAAAGUAACACUAAAAGAUCCUACAGGUGUAGUUUCUGGUACUAUUCAUCACAAAGUGCUAACAGAGGGGGAGUUUGGAAAGGGUAUUUUUGUAGGAUCUGUUUUGAUACUUCAUAAGGUUUCUGUGUUUUCUCCUUCAAGAUCCUCUCAUUAUCUUAACAUUACAAAGAGGAAUUUGGUAAAGGUAUUUUACAAGGAUAAUGGAUCUUCACAAACACAGACAUUUCAUGGAUGUAAAGUCAUAGAUAGACCUCCUGCUUCUGAUCUUGAACAGGGUGCAACAACAACGACAUCGGGUCCCACAUUUUCUCUUGAACAAAUAGCAAAAAAGAUGACAAAUGUAACCAAAACAACUACUUAUAGUCAACAAAAUUCGCAAGAAAAUGUAAGCCCAUUUGUGUCAAGUGGGCCCAAGUUCACAGAAACCUUAAAAGAAUCAAAUCAUAACAUUACAAAGAGGAAUUUGGCAAAGAUUGCUCAAACUACAAUGUACAAUGGACACGGGACAACAAAAACAUCGGGUCCCACAUUUUCUCUUGAGCAAAUUGCAAAAAAGAUGGCAAAUGUAACCAACAAAACAAGUGCGAAUAGUGUGUCAACUGGGCCCCACUUCACGGAAACCUUAAAAGAAUCAGAUGUUAUAAAAAGCGGUCUAAAUGAAAAUCCGGGUUUUGGAAACGGGCUAAAGGGAAUGGAUCCUAGUCAAGUUCAAGUCGAACCAACAAUGGUUAGUGGUUCAAUACCGGUUUGGACAGAUGAACAGUUAAAUGAACUCUUUGAUGAUUUUGUGGAUGAUAUGUAAGCACAUGGUUUUGAUCAUCAU